UAUCGCUACCACGGCUCGCCUCCUGGCAACGGGCACACGCGGGUCCUCCUCCCGGGGACAUCUCACUUGGUAUCCGUUCUUCUCUGCCUCUGUCCCCGAAGGCUGGCUAGCAAAACCCACGUAGCGUCUGGCCUGGCAGACAGUGAGCACCCUUUGAACCGUAAAUGCCGAUUUUUCCAGCGCAACAAAAGCGGAUUAUUCACGAUGUUUUCGGCAUGGUGUAAAACCCGCGGAGAAAUAUUGGUUUUUACCCCAUUAUACUGGAGGACCGCCCGUGCUUCGUGAAAAUGAAAAAAGGAUACAAUGCAGCAUGCAUGUUCUGCAUUCUUCGGGAGCUCCACACCGUUGGUGUGAAUGACUUGUGGCUGUAGGUUGUCGUGAGGUGGCCAGGUUCCUGCACAGCCUCUGUGGCUGACUGGGAGAAGUCGAGUGGAGAGCAGACAUCAGUGCCCAGGGGACCUGAAGGCCUGGUUCUCCAUAUGAGGCCCUGCUGAAAGGGCAGGGGGGCUUCUGAGGGCACAGUCACUUAGCCAGGGAUGCAGAGACAGAGGGCAGAUGGAAAGAGAUGGAAGUGCGGGGUGAAGUGUGUGAGACGGAGAUCAGAGCAGGCCAGAGUGCUGAGUGCCAGUCCUGCUGCCGGAGCUGGCCACUACACAUGGCACCAUUCCCAGGCCACGCCAGCAGAUGUGCCACUAUGUGCCCAAGGGCCGUUGAAAGCCCCCUUGGGGGAAUUUCAUAAAUACACACUGAACAAGAACAAGAGAAGCCUUCUGGACUAUUGUUAUUUUUUUCCACACUUUUCCCACACACACACAUACACUUACACACAUACACAUACACGCACACCCACACAGACAAGGACGUAGAGAGAAUGUUGGAGGUCCAAGAGGAGAGGCCAGCGGCGGCAGGUACAGCAGCGACACAUUUCAGCAAGAGGGAACGAGGAAAGAAAGAGAGAGAAGAGGCCAAGGACGGUCGGGGAAACCUGUCGAACAUUGGGAAUCCUGUUCCUGGCUCCAGGAACGUGCGUGCAAAAGCGCCGCUCACACACACAGGCAGUCCUCACCAGCUCAUCACUCCACCCUGUUCUGUAGUCUUGGGAGCUCCAUCAAUGAACUCCAAUAGGCUAAAGAACUCCCCGUCCACCAACACACAAAGCCCUAAACCUAAGACGGAGGCCAUGGUACGAUCACCUCCUGUCGUGUCUCCCUCCACUGCCGCCCAGAGUGACUCUAAAAUGCCCAAUCAGGGCAAACCAGGGAGCACGGGCAGCCAAUCACAGCCCUCACCCUGUGACCCCAAGACCAAAGGGGCUCAAAAUGUUGCAGGUGGAGUGGGGCUUAAAAACGGCCAGGGCCUAAGCUCCGGCCCAAGCUCCAAGGUGAAAUCUAAAAGGAGCAUGAACAACUCUGCGGAGUCAUCCGAACAACCAGAGAGUGGUACGCCUACCAGUGAGGAAACAGAUAGUAGCAGGGCGAAGAGGAUAUGUGUUACGGAGAGGAGGGCGCCGUACAGUGGAGCUGACUGGUACUCUGGGGGGGAAAGUGACGAAGAUAACAGAGGAUUCUUCAACUCAAACUCCAGCGAUGUGAAUCCCCAGGACUCUGUCACACAUUCUACCUCCAAUGCCGGACUCAGUCGCUCCUCAACGCCUUCCCACAAUACACUGGGAGGCCAAGUCUCCACAACAGAGCCUGCUAGUGGCCAGAAACAAGGCUCAAAAUUUGUUUAUGUCUUCAGCACAGGGAUAGCUAACAAGGCAGCUGAAGAGGUUAUUAGUGGCCGUAUAGAAAACAUCAUCGUCUUCCACAUUACAAACAUCUCCAACAACAGGGACAUAGCUCACCUCCUCUUGAACAAUGCAGCAAACGACUCCAAUCCUCCCCAGCAGCCUCCGUCCCACACCCAAGAUCAGAGCCACCAGCCUGGAUCCAACCCGUCCUUACCCAGCACGUCAGAGCCAGCCCCACCGCAGCCUUCAAAUCAAGGGAGCCAAUCUGGUGUUCUUCCGCAGGAAGGCUCAUCCUCUACAGGCAUGGAAUCCAAAAAUAUUCCCAGCAGUAGCCCCAGUAACACUACAGCCCCAGUUGACCAGGUCCCUGUAACCCAACCAGAGGCUGGCCUCAAUCCCCCAACAUCGGGUGAAAGUGGACAGGGUGGAGGAACUGGUGGAACAGGUCUGACGCCCCAGCAGCAGCAGCAACACCAGCAGCUAACCCAGGAGCUGUUGAACAUGGAGGUGAACACAGAGGGUCUGUCACAAGAACAGAUAGAACAUCGGCAGCGCUCUCUGCAGACCUUGCGAGAUAUUCAGCGCAUGCUUUUCCCUGAUGACCGUGAUGCCCCGCCAGCCGGAGCUCAACAAUCCCAUAGUGGACCCCAUGAUGGGGGCCCUGAUGCGCCACCUCGGAGGUCUGAGCAGGGCCCCUUACAGGCUAUGAUAGCGCAGUCUCAGAGUUUAGGCCCACCAGGUGGACCAGUAGGACCUCGUCCACAAGGUCCACCUUUUGGCCCACCCCAUGGUCCCAGGGACAUGCCCCCAUUUCCACAAGAUGAAAUGGGUCCACACAUGGGAGGCCCAGGUGGAUGUGGAGAUGGAGAACAGAUGACCCCAGAACAGGUGGCGUGGCUGAAGCUACAGCAGGAAUUUUACGAAGAGAAGAGGAAGAAACAAGAAAUGCAACACCGGCCACUUGGUCCUGAUAUGAUGAUGCACCCCCAUGGUCCACGUGGCAUGAUGCGAGGGCCCCCACCUCCUUAUCAGAUGGGCCCAGGAGAGAUGUGGGGAGGACCAGGUGGGCCACCGGAUCACUAUCCAGAGCGCAUGAGCAUGGGUCCUGGCCCCAGGGGUAUGCCCCCACAUAUGCAGAGGAUGCCUGGCUUCUCUGGCAUGAUGAAUCCCGAGAUGGAGGGCCCCCCGAGACCUGGAAUGGGAUGGCCUGAUGAGAUGCCUCCCCGUAUGGGAGAAGCGCGUUUCCCUGGAGGACCUGGGGCAAUGUUUGCUGGUCCAGGAGCUCGUGGUGAGCGUUUCCCAAAUCCUCAGUCAGUCCAAGAGGCAAUGUUUCACCAAGGAAUGGGUGGAGAGAAGGGUCUUCCUCCUGGGAUGAUGAUGGACAUGCAGAGGAUGAUGGGACACCAAAGAAGUGGGAUGGAACCAGGUAAUGGCAUGGGUAUGUUUCCCAGAAUGCCCAGUGAUGGUCCCAUGAGUCCAUCCUCUAGACUGCCAGGAAUAGGGGGCCGGGAAAUGGGACCUGAGUUCGGCAUGGGGCCUGGCCCUGGGCCAGGACCUCAUAUGCAUCCUUCAAAACUACGAGAUCCCCCCAUGAAUAUGAGCCCUGAUGAGAUGAUGAGAAUGAGAGGGGGUGGAGGGCCAAUGGAGAAUAUGGGUCCACAAGGCAGGCCCAUGCAGGGUCGGUCAUUCCCUGAGCAGACGCAGCCAGGAGACUUUCCUAUGGGGCCUGGGAGAUCCUUCCCUGGGGGUCCUGGAGGAAUGAGGGGUCCACAUGCAGACCAAGCAUUUGGUCCAGAGCACAGAUCUACACCAACCGGAGGUAAUGGCCGUAUUAACCAUAUUCCCUCUGCUGGGGGUCCUGCACAAGGCCAGAGGGGCCGCAAGCCAGCAGAUCUGAAUGUCCAAGCAGGAGGUGGGAACUCUCCCAGUGUUAAUCCACUUAAGUCUCCUCCUCUGAGGCAAGUGCAGUCCCCCAUGAUGGGCUCUCCCUCGGCUAAUCUUAAGUCCCCUCAAACACCGUCCCAACUGGCUGGCAUGCUCACCGGUUCCACAGGCCCUGCUGCCCCCCCAGCACCUCCAACUUCAGCACCAAUGAAGUCUCCUCACUCCAUGAUGGGAUCAGCAGGUGCUUCUCCUGUUCAUAUGAGAUCUCCUUCUCUUCCGAACCCAUCUCCAGGAUGGGCUUCCUCACCAAAACCACCCAUGCAGAGUCCUGGAGUGCCCCCUCAGGGUGGCAAGCCUCCACUCAGUAUCACCUCACCAAAUAUGAUGCCAAGCAUGGAGCAAGGAGGUAACGGCCCUCCCUCAGCCCCUCCUUCAUCAGGGGCUCCAUCUGGCUCCAUGUCUCUCCCAGGCAAUGUCCCGUCUGGUAGCCCUUACACCAUACCUCCUGAACCAACACUAUCCCAGAACCCGCUCUCCAUCAUGAUGUCACGCAUGUCCAAGUUUGCAAUGCCCAGCUCCACCCCACUUUACCACGAUGCCAUAAAGACUGUUGCCAGCUCUGAUGAUGACUCACCGCCAGCUCGCUCCCCUAACCUGCCGUCAGGGAACAAUAAUGGUAUGGCAAUGAAUCACCAAGGCAAUCCACGUAUGAUGGGACCUGGAAAUGCUGGACCUAUGCCUGCCCUAAGCCCUCUAGGUAUGAAUCCAAUGGGAUCCCAGCCUCUCUCACAUGGCAUGCCCCCACAGAUGCCCUCUCCCAAUGCCCCGAAUAUGGGCCCAGGCAUGAUGCCUCAUGGUAUGAUGAUACCACCAAAUCCUCAAGACCCUGGUAUGGCCAACCCUCAAAUGAUGCCACAGGGACGCAUGGGUUACCCUCACCGGGGCCAGGGAUAUCCCCUAACCCAGUCACCUUCCCAGCAAGGCCCUUUCUCUCCGCACAAUGGUCCCGGUCCCCAAGGCUUCCCUGGCCAUCCUAUGGGUUUCCAGGGCGAGGGAGGACCUAUGGGAGGACGGAUGGGCAAUAUGUCUCAUGGGGGAGGGGCUGAUGGGGGUAUGUGCAAACCCAAUACCCCUGGUGGGCCAGAGUUCAAUAACAUGCAAGGUGGAUUCAGUGACGCAGACCUUCAUGAGGUAAUGCGGCCGGGAGCUUCUGGUAUUCCCGAGUUUGACCUCUCCAGGAUAAUCCCUUCAGAGAAGCCUAGUCAGACUCUGUCUUACUACCCUCGAGGUGGAGGAGACAACCCCGGGGGGAAACCGCCACACCCUUCUGGCUUUCCCAUGCAGAGCAUGAUGGGCGACGGCCCACCAAGGAUGGGGAUGCCAAUGCAGGCUAUGGGGGGGAUGUCAGGGGGACCUGGUCCUGGGGGAAUGGGCCCUCAAGACAUGCCAAUGGGCAACCCUGGCCACAAUUCAAUGCGGCCACCGGGAUUCAUGGGCCAAGGCAUGAUGGGCCCUCAGCACCGGAUGAUGUCCCCUGGGGGCCCAGGAGGGAUGAUCCAGGGGAGACAAAUGGCCCACCCAGGCCCUGGCGGCUCACCUAACAUGAUGAUGUCACUGCAGGGCAUGGGCGGCCCCCCGCAGCAGACAAUGAUGAUGGGGGGUCAGAUGAGGCCUCGCGACAUGGACAUGGGCUUCAGUCCGGGCCCUGGAAUGUUCUAAUCCAACAGAAACCUUGUAUCUAGAAUGUUCUUGGACAAUACACAAGGAAGGAGUAACGAUAUCGGACUUCGGAGAGUAUUCAGAAAACUGAUGGACUCGAGUAAAGGAGGUAAAAUAUGAACGAGAUGGCGUACCCAGAAAAUGAGCAGAGUGGAGAUAACCAGUCACCUGGUAAUGUCCUGUGUGAACUAUUCCGGCGGAGACUGUGACAGGGCCGCAUUGGAGUACUUUUGCCACAAGAACAUUUAAUUUUGACUCAUGAACUUCAGAAUGUAUGGGAUUGUUGUGGUCACACAGUUUCGCAAAACUGUUCAUGUGGGUUUUUUUUUUUUUUUGGUUUUUUUUUUUUGUUCGUUUGGUUUUGGUUUUUUUUGAUUAUCUGACUGUAAAGAUGACUUCGACAUCAAAGAGGAAUCAAACCUAACUAAAAGUCAGCGUGGAGAUGCUACAGUAUAUGUCUACUUUUUUGAAAUUAAAAAAACAAAACAAAAAAACAAAUUUGUCACGAAAGUGGUAUGGAACAAGAGAAAGGAAAGAAGAAUUUGUGCUUUGUGAAGACUUUAGUGGAAAUCCAUCUUGUCUCUCGCUCCAUUGUUUUGACUGUAUCUGUACAGUAUAUACGUGAGAGUGCGUUGGCGUGCUUGACCGAAUGUGUGUUUGUGUGGUAUGUAUGUAUGUGUCUGUAUGUAUAGGCAUUCUAUCAGUGACCUCUCAACUCCUCUUACCAAGCUUUCAUUGGGGGAGGAACGUCCCCCUAAAAAUACUGUACUGUUUACCAUUGGUGGGCUAUUCAAAUUUUAGUCUAUUUUAAUUUUCUUUGUAACUCCAGUGUAUAACAAACCAAACUAUGACCUCAUUAAGAUAAUAGUAUUAUUAAAAAAGCACAAACAUGGACCAUCUGCAGAAAGCGUCUUCUUUCUCUAUUUUUACCAUUGAGAGCAAACACAUUUUAAGUGUGAGGAUCCUGGCAGCUUUGCAGCACCAUGAUAAUCUCCAGUCCAUUUCAAGUUGUAGAUGACAUUUGACUCUGUGCUCCAAAACUUUCAGGACUUCCCACGUUCGCCAGCGUGAAUACUAUUGCUAAUACCCAGAUGUGCUGUGUUCUUCUUGUUCCUGUUGUGUUCCUGUUUUGUUUUGACUCUCUUGUUGACUCUGGGUAAUGAUCAUUCCCACAGCAAUAAUCUCCCGAUGGUCAGCAGAAUAGGACAGGAGUGGCUGUACGCCGCAGCAGGUAUGCCAGGUAUUAUAGAACUAGAGCUAGGUAGAUCUGGUAUAAAAAUUUAAACAAAUAAAAUAAUUUUUUUUCUAGUAAGGCAGGUGUGGUGUCCGGAGUGAGACACAGAAAUGUAAACACGUACUGCUUACCAUCCAGUUGACUUCUUCUCUUUUCUCUAUUGUAUAAGCUUGUCAUGUGUUUCUCCAUUGGCUUUGGUGCAGAAUAGCCUACCAGGGCUGUGGUGAUGGACUACAAAUAAAAGAUAUUCUUUUGUUAUA